AUGAAACUCUCUGGCUGCCAUGGAUUUAAGCCUCAACUGAACCCAAAUGUGACUGAGUUAGAAAUAAAUGAAGGAGAACCUCUAAACAUUACGUGCACAAGCAAUAGCUAUGUUAAUUUUUAUUUCCCUACAAGUGAUAAAAGGGGUAGGACCACCUCACAGCCCCUUAUUACACCAGAAGUCAGGAGUACCCACAAGACAUUUAUAAGAUUAUCAUCCGUUUUUGGAGACACUGGCUGGUAUGGAUGUGCUGAUGAAAGCAAACAAAUAACAAGUAUGACGUACAAAAACUACAGUGAUUUAAGUAUCAGUUGGGUGUACGUUUAUACUUCUAGAAAAGUUUCAAAUACCAUUCGAGUAGAAGAAAAAGGAAUUCGUAAUUUAGUCAAUCUCGUAACGUCUGAGCUUAUUAUUGACAAUGUAACUCACGAUGAUAGAGGUAACUACACUUGUAAAAUAAGAUCUUCGUUUGAUGAAAAAGAGAGUCUUGAUACUCACGUGUGCGUGUUUGAUACUAACAAACCAUACAUCAAUCUUACUUCUGAUAAUCUGAAUAUACACUCGGAUGAUAGUAAAUCAGUGACUUUUGUGGCUCUUGUUGAUGCAUGCCCAAUACCAACUCUUAAGUGGACUCACCCUCGAGGUUAUAUAAUUCGUUCCCACUUGAGGAAAGUAAUAAUGUCCGAUUACGGAACAAUGAGCCGAUUGACUCUAUUAAACAUCGAUGAAGAUGACACGGGAUUUUUCACGCUUACAGCUAAACAUGAUAAAAUAGUAAAGGAACUGAAAUUUUAUCUUGACGUUCAUGGUAAUUAUGAAGAUUGGGAGAGUUUCUCUGGACUGUUCGAAUCCUUAGUUCACGAGGUUGGGUCGAUUCCAGAUGUAAAUAAAUUACAAUACUUAAAAUCAUGCCUCACCGGGGUAGCCUCUAAUUUAGUCAAGGAUGUAGCUCUGAAGGGAGAAAACUACACUUCCACUUGGAAGACCUUGCGAGAGCGUUUCUGCAAUCCUCGGUUGACCAUCAAUAACUUACUAAAUGCACUUUAUGCUCUUCCCCACUUGACUCGUGAGUCUGCCAAGGACUUAAGGACUUUUAGUGACGAAGCACAACGCAUAGUCCGGGCUUUGGAGAUCCUCAAAAUGCCGGUCCAGCACUGGAACGUGUGGCUGAUCCACCUUUUGUCUGGGCGUUUGGACACCAUUUCAAGGAAGGCCUGGGAACUCGACAUGAGUGCCACUGACCGUUCUGCGGUAGCCCGCGCCAGCGUUAGUUCGACUGAAUUAAACGCUCUGGACCGUUUCCCUACUUUCGCUAAAUUUAUAGAAUUUAUAGAAAAUCGAGUGCAAGGAUUAAGUAUGCUGGGAUUAGGUUCCAGGGUGACCGCAUCUAACCCUGCUCUGAAUAACAACCAGGGUGCUUCAAACACUGGCCCUAUACGCAAGGCGCAUUUAGCUAAGCAAUUGAGAAGCUUAAACUCCCCAGCUUGUCCCCUCUGCAAUGGUGUGCAUCCAAUUUGGAAAUGCCCACAGUUCAAGGCCUUGACACCUUUUGAAAGGAAAAAUGAAGCCCGCCGUUUCAGCUUAUGUUUCAACUGCUUAGGAAACCAUCGGUUUGACGCCUGCAAAUCAAUUGUUCGCUGCCUUACCUGUAAGGACACCCACCAUACUCUGCUGCAUCUUGAGAAGCCUAAAUCGCUUGAUCAGCGCAACGUUUCAGGAUCCAAUUUACCACCUCCUAAAGGUUCGGAUUCAGGAUUCAAUGUCAAGUCCUACCACUCGGCCCCUUGCUUGCCCAUCUCGUCAGUGAUUCUUGCUACAGCUCAGAUCGAGAUACUUGGACCCUCGGGCACGAUAAUCAAGGCUAGAGCCUUACUAGAUCAAGGAUCCGAAAGUUCUUUCGUUACCGAAUCCAUGGUGCAAUUGUUGAGAUUACCGAAGAUACCCAUUCAAAUUACCCUUGAAGGAAUCGGAGCGUCUCAUUCCGGAGUCUCUAAGGCAAUAGUGACACUCCGACUACGUUCACUAAGGUCCACUCAACUCUCCCUUGAAUUUAGCGCCCUUGUGCUACCCCGUUUGACUUCUCACCUCUCAGAUCGGAGCUCGCCGAUUCUUCAACCGUCAUCUAUAAGGAAGCUCGAGUUAGCGGAUCCAGAAUUUUGGAAGGGAGGAUCAGUAGAUGUUAUCCUUGGGGCGGACGUUUAUGGCAAGCUCCUUAAAUCAGGGUUGAAGAGGUUCCCUAACACAAACCUGAUUGCUCAAAACACCACCCUAGGAUGGAUAGUGUCUGGAAUCAUAUCUGAAAGCUUGCCAAGGCGGGCGGUUAAUCCAGGCCCUCAAUCCAUACACGUUCUGCACACUACGUAUGAGGAUCACCUCAGCAUCUCAUCCAAAGGUUUUGGACCCCGUGACCGGGAUGGCCGCUACAUGGUCCAAUUGCCUCUCAAGGAGGGCAUACCCCCCCUGGGCCGAGAAACAAGGCAGACGGCUCUAGCGACACUGACCAGUUUACAUAGGCGCCUUACCCAAGAUUCCUGGCUCCGUGAUCAGUACCACGAAUUCUUAACCUGUUACGAAGCUCAAGGACACAUGGCUAAGGUGCCUCCGGCCGCGGUCAAUAAUCCAACAGCCUGGUACCUGCCUCAUCAUGCCGUCGUCACCGUGGACAUCGUGAGGAUGUUCAGGCAAAUACGGAUGGAGCCGGCUCAUCAAGACUAUCAAAGAAUUCUAUGGGCUCCCUCCCCAGAUGUUCCUCCCGUGGAUUAUCGCUUAACUACCGUGACUUACGGUACGAACUGCGCUCCCUUCUUAGCAAUCCGCACACUCAGGCAACUAGCUACCGACGAACGUCAUAAGUUCCCCCAAGGAGCUCAAAUCAUUGAGGAAGGGACCUACGUGGAUGAUAUGUUCGUUGGGGAUGACACUCUCAGUGGAGCUUUGCACAAGAGGAAGGAACUCAUAUCUAUUCUCGCCACCGCUGGGAUGACGUUGGACAAGUGGUCCGCUAAUCAUCCUGACCUUAUUCCUACGAGUAAAUGUGAAGGGCCAAACGGCUACAUAAAGGGUGUCGGUGAAGAUGGAGUAGUUAAGAUAUUGGGACUUCAAUGGAACCCCUCGAAAGACGAGUUCACGUUCCAAGUUACCCCACCUGAGGAUCUUAAAGGGAACGUCACCAAACUGGUCAAAGCCAAGUUCUUGAUGCAAGAUCUGUGGAUAUUGCGUUGUGGUUGGGACGAACCCAUCCCCGUUGAGAUGCGUAAACAAUGGAUUUCCUACUGUGAGUCCCUCCCCAACCUAAACGAGCUAACCAUUCCCCGUUGGAUUGGGACAAGCACUGAUCAGAAAUACGAACUCAACGGGUUUUCCGGCUCGUCUAAACAGGGCAUGGCGGCAGAUCUGUACCUCAAGGUUACAACAAAGGCAGGCGGACACCACAGUAAUUUGCUUAUAUCAAAGACCAAGGUAGCUCCAGUCAAGACCCUAAGCAUACCUAACCUCGAGUUGUGCGCCGCCGCUCUUCUGGUCAAGUUAAUCCGUCAUAUUCGAAAUUCUGACUUCUUUCGUCCAUUACCAGUAUUUGCUUGGACCGAUAGCCAGAUCGUCCUCGAUUGGCUUAACAAACACCCUCGGCAGUUGAAAACGUUCGUGGCUAACCGCGUGGCAUUCAUUCAAACCAAACUGCCUACCGCUACUUGGUCUCACGUACCCUCCAGUGAAAAUCCGGCUGAUCUCGCCUCGCAGGGUUGCACACCCUCGAGCCUGAUCGGCUCCCGGCUGUGGUGGUAUGGACCGUCCUGGCUGCUCCAGGAUCCCCCUCGUUGGCCGGUACAAGCUCAAAGGGUUCGAGUUUUCACCACUAUUUCGACCCCAAAAGAGCCAUAA